AUGGGACGAAAGCGGCUCCCGAAGUUCCAACAACUCGAAAAUUGUAAGUAACGAAAAAUACCGAUAUUCAUGAAUAUAUAAAUAGCGGAAAUACUAACGCUGAUGUCGUAGCCUACUUUUCAAUGAACAUUUCUUUACGUGGCAUUAUGUUUCCCUCAGUUGUUCCUUUUUUCGGGCAACAUGAUCAUUAAUAAUAAUUUAUUGACAUUUCUGACUUCAUAUUGACAUUUCUGACUUCAUAAGAAAUUUACGAAAAGCUAAGACAUGGCUGCAAGUAUUUCCGGUAUUUCUACGUUAGCACAAUUUUCAAUAUAUCUACAGUUGUGCCCAAAGUUUGCCGAGUCCCCGUUGUUGCCGAUCGUCGACAGCAAAACCGUAGAAUUCCAGAUACAGGUGGGUUUCUUUUCGUUAAUUUUUAUUCAUAAUAUUCAAAAUAUAUAUUUUCAGGAUUUAAUGAAAUAUUCCCACAAGUUCCUGCAGAUGAUCAUAAUGAUGGGAGAAAUGGAGAUGGUUCGCUUUCAGAUAUCGAAGGAGAGUCUGAUUUAAUGUUGGAACGUGAAGAAUUGAAUGUGGCCGAGGAUUAUGAGGACGAUGAUGAUAUUUACAUGGCUCCUUUUGCUGAUGAUUCCGAAGGCGAAGAUGUCGAAGAUUAUUAUCGAAACAAUGAUGCGGAUCCAGGUUGGGUGGAAGGUAUGGCUUUAUUACAAUGAGGGGUGGGAGAAUUUUGUGAAUUUUUUCGAAAAAUAUUUUCGUUGCUAAAUUUGUGAAGUUUGAACCAGAUCCAAAUUAUGAAAUUUUUCGAAACAUGAUUUUGUUCUAAAUUUAUCAUAUUUUCAAAAACAUAACAUGGAAUGAUGGUGAAACUUUUCAAUAUUCAAACUUUUUAGAAUUGCAGAAAGUGGAAAAAAAUUUUACAAAAAUAGGGGGUUUCGAAGAAUAUAUGGGUUUAGAAAAUAUUAUGCUCUGAGAUGUCGAAUGUUUUUACUUCAAGUAUUUUCUCAUUACGCUGAGAAAACAGGAGGAAUGCGGAGAAAAUGUAUUUUCUUCAGUGAGAAAACAGGAGGAAUGCGGAGAAAAUGUAUUUUCUUCACUUUUUUCGUAUUUUCUCAGCCGACCUGAAUAGGCUUUCUUCGUUUUUUUCAGCGUUGAGUAAAUAACAUUCUUGUUGAGGAUCCAAAGUUUGUUGAAAAAGUAUAAGGAUGGGAAAAAGUUGGGACUGUAACUGGGAUAAAAGAAAGAGGGCGGGCAAGAGGGGGGGGGGUUGGCACACCUGACGAUACGUGUCCAAAAGGGACACUGUACAACAAUUUUCAAAAGCCACACUGUACAUUUUUUCAGUAAAAAGUGUAGUUUUCAUUCAUUUUCAUCGGUUUUUUAUGACAAUUUUACAAAAAAUUCAAAAUUUCACGCUGCACAAUUUUUUUUUUCAAAAAUUUCCACGCUGCACAAAAAUUUUGGAAAACUAUCGCCAGGUGUGGGGGCGGAGGUGCUCACCUCCACUGAACGUGUGACGAUUAUUCUGGAAAGUUCAACGUGCGAUUGACAGUUCCGACUUGCAGAUUCGUUGGCGGAUAAAAUUCUGCACCUUUCCGAUCCCGGACUUGUUACCUUGGCAUCUUCAAUAAUUGGCAGAGAUUCACAAACUGAUCUUCGGCUUCGUUUACUAACAGUUGCGGCAACUGUUAAAAAAGAAGUUGAAGAUAUUUUUGAAUAUGCUAUUCGACUUUUCAAAGACGUUCGGAUUUGCUCACAAUGCGGGGAAAAAUUAGUCGAUAAAUCAAUAUGGUAGUUUUUCUGUCUCUCAAUAUUUGAAUUACUGUUUUCCUUAGCUGUGCUCCGGUCGGAACAUUUGUACAAUCACCGCUAGUGGAUCAAUUAACCCAUUUCGUUAAUAAAAAUAUCGACGAAAUCUUGGAAGUUCGAAAACUUCUUCGCGAUGGGAAAUUGCCGAAUCACACGCUUUCUUCUGAGUUCUUCAAAAGUUGUUUGGAGCAUGAUGAUCAUGAUUUGAAUAUAUCCCUUGUGCUCUCAGUCGAUGGAGUUUGUCCACAUGGGCAUUCAAAGUAAGACUUAUAAAGUCUAAUUAUCAUUGCGUUUUUCUGUUUUUCAGUCAGCACCUAUGGCCAAUGACUGCUAUGUCAGUAGACUUAAAAUUGGGACACUUUUCGAUAGCCACAAAUUUGUUAUUAUUCGGUGUUUAUAAAGGUCCAUGCAAUCCAAAUACGAAAGUUUUCAACACAAUUAUAAAUGAAGUUAUGCCAGUUCUUGAGCGAUUCAAAUUGAAUAUCAGAGGUCGAAAUGUGAUAUUUCGUGUUGUCACCGCUGUUGCCGAUCAACCGGUAACUUCAUUUGUCAAAAAAACAUGCCAAUCUCUGAUUUUUAGGCAAAGCGGGCUUUGUUUGGUCUCAAAUCGGUCAAUUCAGCAUUUUCUUGCUUCUACUGCAUUUGCGGUGACACUCUUCACAAAUGUUCAGCACCAAGUUUGUAACAUUCUCACCUAUUUUCUACAAAUGUUUGUUGUUUAGGCAGAGAAGUAUUUCGCGGAAUAAUACAAACUCCUCAAGAUGCCCGGUAUGGACUUUUCGGGUUCAUUGAUGGUGUUUUUCCAGUGAUUCUUAGAUGGAUCCUCCCUUGGCAAGUUCUUCUCGAUAUUUUUCACGACCUCAAUGAGGGUUUUUGUGUUACGGUAAUCAAAGGCAUGUUUCACGCAUUAAAUUCAUGAUGACCCUUCGCUUCUUGUUUUUAGAAUCAUUUCCUAAACCAAGAUUCAAACCGAAAUCGGAUAUUUUUACUUGUACAAAACAACUCUUCGAUCAAUUUGCUCAAAAAAUCCAUCUUCCAACCGAAUAUCAAAAUGUACAAGGCGUGCGAAAUGGGACAAGUAAACUCGAUGUGAGUUUGGAAGGAAAAGGUCGAAUUAUGAAAUAAGUUUUUCAGUAUUUUCGAAUUUGCUUUUUUUUGAAUGCGAUUUAUGAUAAAUCCUUCAAAUGUACUGCCCGACUCGUUAUUGUUUGUUUUGGAAUGAUUUCGAAUUACUUGUUGACGGAUUGUGAACACGAUGGAGAUAUGAUCGCUGAACUUUGUCAGAUGAUGCAAGAAUUGUUCCAAAAUAAUUACGAACAGUAUAUUGUUAGCAAAUUACAUGCAAGUUUUCUUCGCAUCGCUUCGAAUACUACUUUUUUUGUUUCAGGAACUACUUUUCCAUCUUCCACACUGUAUUUUGUUAUUUGGGAAUCCAGCAUUGGUUUCAACAUCUGGGUUCGAAACAUUGUAUCGAUAUUUGCUCUCCGAUUUCCACGCAUCGAUCACGAAAAAUUUCGUGCGAAUCGCGUCUUCGAGGUUUGUCAGCUUUGGUUUCAUUUUUCGAUAAAAAAACCGUUUUCAUUGUAGAUUUGUGGUCAACAUAUUCAUGAGAGAAGAAGUCAGAAUUAGAAGUGAAGCCGAUUGUUUAUCAGAUACAUUGAAAGGCUUAUUGAAGGAAAAACCGGCUUGGAAAAAUCGAACCAUCAACUCCUUCGAUGUGAUUGAUAGAAACAUUGUGGAUGGAAUUGAUGUUGUGAUCGGAAGUGAUGUUAAAUAUUUUUCGUCGAUAACUUUCACAUAUUCGACCCUAAAAUCGCACAAAUACAAUUCAAAAAAUGGAAGCUUCAGAAAUGGAAUUGUGUUUUACCAGAAGGAUGUAAUGAAAGUUGGAAGAUUUGUGCUAGCCGCCACCCAAUCCGACGAUCAUUAUAUAGUAGUCGAACCCUUGUCCGAAAAGCUACGAAGUCAGCAUUUUGAGAAUUUGAAAAAAGAAAUCGAUGAAAUAGCUGAUAUUGGAUUGAGACAAAAUGCGAGGAAAAUGUUGAAACAAUUGAAAGGAUAUCGAGGAAUUGUUGAAGGCAAGUGGUCCGGUGGUAGAGAUCUUGUUGAAGUUGAAGAAAUCUUAGGAAUAGGCUGCUAUUUUAAGAGCGAUGAAGAUAUAAUAUGCCUGCAACUCAAUGGCGUCCCAGUUCAUAAAUAA